AUGAACGCUCUCCAGGACGUCGAUGGACUUUCAGAAUGCAUCGGCAAGGCGAUCCAGGAACAUCUUGCUAGAUUCAACAUCAACAUUGCAUGGCCGCAGCUCGACAACCUGGAUCAUCCCAUCCUUCGUGUCGAGGCUUUUCUUGAGGAAGCCGAUGCCACCCAUGCAGCGAGAGCGCAGUCCGAAAAGAUCGCAUCGAGAACCGUCGAUCUGGCGGGCAUGAGGACGCCAGCCCCCACAGCAAGCCCAGCCGCAAUGGAUCUUCAGAACUUUGAUGAGACCUCGUCAAUGGAUGAGUCUCAUUCGCGGGACGAGUCGUCCUCGUCGGUACAACAACCCCGCGAGCCCCGCAGGAAAGGCACUGGCGGUCUGAGGGUCUCGCACACUCAGUCGUCGUUUCAAGAAGAUCUGAGCGAACACCAACGGCAAAUGCAAGUCGAUAGCCGCAGCUUCCCAAAGCGGAAGAAGGUAGCAUCGGAGAAGUUUGUCUUCCAACCCUCUACUCUAGACAAGCUUAUCAUCGGCAUCUGGGAGCAAGUACACAGCACGCUCAACCUCGAUCCGAAAGCAAUCUUCGAACAAUUCCAAGUAACGCCCAAUGGAUCCUCCAUGAGUAUGGGCAUGGUCGGCCAUGCGCACACCGAUGAAACACCUUCCGCUAUGGCAGUACUCAACAACGCUCCGAAUCCGAUAUCCGAAUCCUUCAGUCAGAUGAACGUCUUUUGUCGCAAAGUUACACAAGCGAGUCGCGUAUGCCGAUCCAUCGAAAUGAUCGUACAAGCCCGCUGGGUCGAGCUGUUUGAGGAGCAGGUGCUAUACCGGAGCCAAUUGAGACCAGAGCUGUCAACAACAAAGCAUAGGAAAGCUGUGUUCAUGGAAGCGUGUCAGGACUUCGAUUGGUCGGAAAAGGAACUGCGCAACAAAAUGGCUAUUUGGCGUGGCUACAAAGAAGUGAAGGAUUCAGCAGGCUGGGCUGCACUUGUCUUCGCUGGCAUGGGCAUAUACCGGUUCUGCAAGUACCGAGUUGGUUUCGAUAAAGAUGCCAUGCGCCGGCUACGGAAUCUGCGAAAACGUCUCGAAGUCGCGGCCGAUACCCUACAUCCCCAUUGGCGCCAGCUCUUGUCUAUAGUAGGCGAAUCGCAAACGCUGCAAUACCCUGGACAUCCGCACGACUGGGUAGUUUUCGAAGACGGAUCAGAUCCUGUGCCACUGCGCCAAACGUAUCUGCUCCAAGACCCUUACUUUGCCUUCGAACACAUCGACGAGUCGAUCAUCGAUGAAUCAGUUUGGGGAUGCGAAGACCCACGCUGGACACCACAGUCGAGCGCAGUGACAAGACCAGGCGGAGCCUACAUCUGCGCUUUGUGUAACGAGCCGCAAUCCGACAAACCGCAAGACAACUCCUGUUUCUGUUUCCCGACCCUGUUUGGCUGUGUAAAGCGAAAGCCACCACCUGUUCAGAUCCUGCGGACUUCCGAUGGGAGAAACAACGGUCUAGCUGCAUUGACCUCCUUCGACCGUGGUACAGCAAUCGGCGAGCUGGUUGGCCUGAUCACAAACGGUGUUAGACAUCUCGAUGUGCUGGAUAGCUCAACACCCCUGGCCAGCUAUCAGAUCUGGCAAGGAAGGGCAGGAAACUUCACUCGCUUCAUCAACCACAGCUGUAAGCCGAAUGCGCAAUGCUCUACAUUCACUUGGAUAGAUACCCAGAGGGUGGUUCUGGUCAGCAAGGGGAUAGAUGCGGGAAGAGAGAUUACAUUGGACUACGGAGACAAGUAUUGGGCUGGGCUAGACAAGAGCUGUCUAUGUGGAGAGAGUUGUUGCAGCGAGUCCGGCGCAUCAGACCAGGAGAUACUCGAGGCGCAAUCUGGGGCCAGAAAGAGAAGGAGACUGUCACCGACCGAGCCUGAGAGUUCAGCUUCCGAGGCUGAAGCUGAGAAGCCGCUGCCAGUAGCAGCACCAACGAUCUCGCGCAUCAAAGCGAAACAGCAAGACAAGUCGACAAAUGCUACCAUUUCUGCACCUAAAGUCAACCCGAAGCUGGAUUUUGCAACGCUCAAUGUAGCACCAUGGCUUUGCACCUCUCUGGCCAGCAUGGGAAUCAAGCGCCCAACGGGCAUCCAGGCCUCGUGUAUCCCUGAGAUCCUCAAGGGGAAGGACUGUAUUGGUGGAUCGAGGACCGGUACGGGUAAAACUGUGGCCUUUUCUGUGCCGAUAAUGCAGAAAUGGGCGGAGGACCCAAGCGGCAUCUUCGCCGUUAUCGUCACACCCACCCGCGAGCUCGCGAUCCAGAUUUACGAACAAGUGAAGGCAAUUUCAGCGCCGCAAUCUAUGAAACCCAUUCUCAUCACCGGAGGAUCAGACCAGCGUUCUCAGGCCAUCGCUCUCGCAACGCGUCCCCACGUCGUAAUCGCGACACCAGGUCGUCUAGCAGAGCACAUCCGCACCUCAGGUGAAGACACCAUCUGCGGCCUCCGCCGCGUGCGCUUCGUCGUCUUCGACGAAGCCGACCGUCUUCUCGCCCCAGGAAAAGGCUCCAUGCUCCCCGAUCUCGAGACGUGCCUCUCCGCUCUACCCCCCAAAGAAACGCGGCAAACCCUCUUAUUCACCGCGACCGUAACUCCAGAGGUUCUAGCGCUGAAAUCGCAACCGCGCGCACCGGGUCGUCUUCCCAUCUUCGUAUCGGAAGUCGAUACAGAGGAUCUAGCAAUUCCGCCCAAGCUACAGCAAAGGUAUCUCCAAACGCCUGUCACGCACAAAGAAUGCUACCUGCACGUCCUCUUGAACACGCCCGAGAACCUCCAAAAGAGCGUCAUAAUCUUCUGCAACCGAACCAAAACAGCGACGCUACUAGAAUACAUGCUGCGUCUCCUCGCCCACCGCGUAACAGCCCUCCACUCGGGCCUCAAGCAAAACGACCGCGUAAGCAACCUCGCUCGCUUCCGCGCACAAGCCGCUAGAAUACUAGUCGCCACCGACGUCGCAGCCCGCGGUCUAGAUAUCCCAGAGGUAGCUCUCGUUAUCAAUUUCGACGUGCCCCGUGACCCAGACGAUUACAUCCAUCGUGUUGGUCGUACGGCGCGUGCGGGCCGUGUGGGAACGAGCAUCACGUUGAUUGGACAGAGGGAUGUGGAGUUGAUUCUGGCGAUUGAAGCAAGGGUGGGCAAGAAGAUGGAGGAGUUUGAGGAGGAGGGUGUUAGUGUUGAAGGAAGGGUUGUGAGGGAUGCGCUUAAGCCGGUGACGGAGAAGAAGAGGGAGGCGCUGUUGAGUAUUGAGGAGGGGAGGGAUGUGCUGGGGAAGCGCAAGGUGGGCAUGCAGAGGAAGCGGGCGGAAUAG